GUAGUUUUAGUUCAAUAGUAAUAUUCUUUCGUAUAAGAAAGGUGCUAUAUUUGAGGUCAUUAUUGGAUAUGAUUUAUGCUGGGUAAUGUGAGCAUUUUACUUUAUAGAUGUUAUUAUUGAUACUCUCUUUGCAAGUUAAGACACACAAGCAGAUGGACGUUGCACAAAAAAUUUUGAUGAAACCUUGAACAAUUUCCUGCUCCUAGCUCUAAUGAACUGUUCAAUUGGGUGUGCAGAGAAAGACUCUGAAGAAAAGUCCGGAGGCCAACUUCGGAAGGUCAGGGGCAGAGAUGCAAGAGAUUAGGAAGGAUCCACAAAACAUCAAAGAAAGGCCGAAACAAAGAAGGACGGGGACAAAAAAUCUGAAGGCCAACUUCCUAAGUUUGAAGGCAGAGAUAGAAGAGAUUAGAAAGGAUCAACAAAACAUCAAAGAACGGCAGCAACAAGUGAUAGAAAGACCAGAAGCAAUUACAGCUGAAUUUGCACAACUCAGGAAUGAAAUUGCACAACUCAGGAAUGAACUCAGGAAUGAAAUUGCAGCAGGACUCAGGAACGAAAUUGCAGCAGGACUCAGGAACGAAAUUGCAGCAGCACGACUCAGGAACGAAAUUGCAGCACGACUCAGGAAUGGAAUUGCUUCCAGCAAUCUUAAUCUCAAUUUCAAUCAAAACAUGUCCAAUUGCUUCGUACAAUGAUGGCAAGGGCAGAACGUGCACAUUCGGCGGUCAAUGUAAAUGACAAAUGCUCUUCCAAGUGUGUCCGCCCCCAAUGCAGAGU